AUGGCUACUCGCGGACGAGGUUGUACUCAUACCCGGGGAGGAACUGAGAAUAACCAACCGGCCGAUAACCAUGCCGAGUUUAUGGCGGUAAUGGCCAACUUGGCUAACACCAUGGAGGCGAAUGCUGCUGCGACUUUGCAAGCUGUACAUAGAUUGGGGCAACCAGCGGGAAACGGAAAUGGAAAUGGGGAUGGAAAUGGCAAUGGAGACGGAGACGGUAAUGACUUGGGAAGUGCUCCAAUGACUUUGGCUUCAUUUCUGAAAGUUCAUCCACCGAUUUUCAGAGGUUCAACCAACUCAACUGAAGCGUACAAUUGGUUCCAAGCUAUAAAGAGUGCACUACAGGCUCAACAUGUCCCGGCUAACCAAUACGUGGAGUUUGUGGCCUAUCAGCUAUUAGGAGAGGCACAACAUUGGUGGCAAAGAGAGUGCCAGUUGCUACAACUUCCGAAUGCAGAAAUCCCUUGGGAUGUGUUUCAAACGGCGUUCUAUAAGAAGUAUUUCCCGGAGUCAGUGAGAGAAGCAAAGGAGUUAGAGCUUAUGCAGCUGAAGCAAGGCUCAAUGUCAGUAGCAGAGUACACAAGCAAAUUUGAAGAGAUCUGUAGGUUCUCAAAGGUAUGUCAGGGAGCCCUUGAGUCUUUUGAGAGUUGGAAAUGUAUCAAGUACCAAGAAGACCUCAAGGAUGACAUCAUGACUGUUGUAGCUCCCUUGGAGAUAAGAAUGUUCUCGAAACUAGUGAACAAAGCGCAAGUUGUGGAGGAUUGUGCCAAGAAGGUAACUGAGGCUAGACGAACUCAUGGUUAUACUGACAACUGA